GGCCGGGGACGUGCUGCCGCGUCCUCGCUGGCUCACUGGGCGGCGGUGGAGCAUGUGUAAGUCGCUGAGGUUUCUACUGGCUCGGAAUUCGACUAGUGUAUGCCUGGCUGGAUCGUAAGGCCGGCGUCUGCGAGGACGCGGCGUGGAGGGGAACGGCAGCCGGAGACCGGCUGGGCAUCCCUUUCGGAAGCUGGACAGUCCCGGCUUCGCGGGUGUCGCCUCUCGGCCAGCGGCGGGGAUCAUGGCUUCGCUGGCUGACCGAGUACGGGGCAAUGGGCGAAUAGCUGCUGGGCUCCUGUUCAACCUGCUAGUGUCCAUUUGCAUCGUGUUCCUCAAUAAAUGGAUCUAUGUGCAUCACGGCUUUCCCAACAUAAGCCUGACCCUGGUGCACUUCAUGGUUACUUGGCUGGGCUUGUACAUCUGCCAGAAGCUGGACAUCUUUGCUCCCAAAACUCUGCCUCCCACCAAACUCCUCCUCCUGGCCCUCAGCUUCUGUGGCUUUGUGGUCUUCACCAACCUCUCUCUGCAGAACAACACCAUAGGCACCUAUCAGCUGGCCAAGGCCAUGACAACGCCGGUGAUCAUAGCCAUCCAGACCUUCUGCUACCAGAAAAGCUUCUCCACAAGGAUAAAGCUCACGCUGAUUCCUAUAACUUUAGGUGUAAUCCUAAAUUCUUAUUACGAUGUGAAGUUUAAUUUCCUUGGAAUGGUGUUUGCUGCUCUUGGUGUUUUAGUUACAUCCCUUUAUCAAGUGUGGGUAGGAGCCAAACAGCAUGAAUUACAAGUAAAUUCAAUGCAGCUGCUGUACUACCAGGCUCCAAUGUCAUCUGCCAUGUUGCUGGUUGUUGUGCCCUUCUUUGAGCCAGUGUUUGGAGAGGGAGGAAUAUUUGGUCCCUGGUCACCUUCUGCUUUGCUUAUGGUGCUGCUAUCUGGAGUAAUAGCUUUCAUGGUGAACUUAUCCAUUUAUUGGAUCAUUGGGAACACUUCACCAGUCACCUAUAACAUGUUUGGACACUUCAAGUUCUGCAUUACAUUAUGUGGAGGAUAUGUUUUAUUUAAAGAUCCACUAUCAAUUAAUCAGGGUCUUGGCAUUUUAUGUACAUUAUUUGGCAUUCUUGCCUAUACCCACUUUAAACUCAGUGAACAGGAGGGAAGUAAAAGUAAACUGGUACAACGUCCUUAAGAUUUUGUGGAGAAAAGAAAAUCGCCCCCAAGAAGACAAAGAACACUCAAAGUGUGGAAGUUACUUUCAAAAAAGAAAAAAAGAAUUACAGUGCAAAAUUCAUGGAGUGGUUUACAAAAAGCAAUACAAAUUUUAUUCAUUGGUA